ACAUUAAAUAAAAAUGACAGAAUAUUGGAAGUCACAGGCGCGCAAGUACUGUGAAUUUUGUAAAUGCUGGUUUGCUGAUAACAAUGUCUCUAUAUCAUUCCAUGAAAAUGGCAAGCGACACAAAGAAAGUGUUCAGAAGCAUAUAUCGAAGCUCACUAAGAAGAGUGCAAAGGAUGCAAAGGUGCAAGAGAAGAUUGAUGAUGAAAUGAGGAAGAUGGAGUCAGCAGCCAUGGCUGCUUAUCUGAAGGAUGUUCAGAAUAAUGCUGAUCUUACCUCUCAGAGUAUCAACCAAAUGCUAGGUCGGAGUACUGAAACUAAUGCAACUUUCAGUAUAGCAUCUCACAGUAGUACAUCUGAAAGCAAGACAGCUCCAAAACCUCCUCCACUUUGGCAAGAAGUUAAGAAUGAUGAUGGGAGUUCUUACUUUUGGAACACUGAGACAAACGACACCACUUGGGAUCCACCUGAUGAAUAUAUAUCUUUAGCACAGCAAGAAGAGCAAAAACUGAAACAGAAAAAAAAAGAAGAAAAGAAAAAGGAAAUUUUAAAGAAGCAGCAACAAGAAGAAUCAGUCAAAGAAGUGAAGGCUUACAUGGCGAGAGAACAAAUGAAGGAACGAGCUGUGAAGAAUGACCCUCCCCCAGAGAGAAGUACGACGAGGUUUGGCCCUGAGCCGCGAGCUGUUAAACCAUAUGGGUCUUGGACACCAGUUGUUACUAAACCUGUAGAAAAAAUCGAUCUUCAACUACCAACGGUGAAAAAGCUUCCGCCACCACCUAUCAUAAUGGAGCCAGAAGAAAAAGUCCAGUUCAAAGAGAAACGCAUACAGUCACUGGGCGGUGACGACGGCCCGGUGGAGUUUAAACGCCGGAAGGUGAACAACGCAAAACGCAAUAUACGACAGAAAAACGAUGAUGAAUGAUGGCUAAUAAACCUUAUUUGCAAGAUUUUAGCGUUUUG